UUACAAGCCAACCUUUUCCCUUUACCUUUCCCCACAACUUGUUCAGGGACCAAACUGUCGUCACCGGAGACGCAGUUGCGCACUUUUCGCCGUCCUCGGGUGAAUUCAUCCCUAGUGGUACAGGCAGCUCACAAAAUCUGUUGUUGGGUUGCUUUCAGGCACACCCCGAGAUCGCCACGCCGAAACUUUCGACGCGUUUCUGUCCUUCUGUUGUAAUACCGAUCGCAUAUCGAUGACAUGAUAACCGCUUCUUCGCUUGCACCUACCAACAUGGAGAUCUCUGUGGCCGACGAUAAGAUGGAGAUGGCUUCACCCUAUCAAGGGCAUGUGGAUGACUUCGAUAUUGAUAUCGAUAUCAUGGAAGACCAGGCCUCCGUUACCGACAAAGAUAUGAUGAUAGCAGACGAAUAUUUCGAAUACGAUCACGAUGGUGCUCCCGAUGAGGACAUGGUCGAUGAUGUUGCGGAGCCGACUAUGGUUGAUGCCGAUGAACCUUAUACCGGAGCGGAUUACACCGUUGAAAUGCAGGACGAGAAUGAACGUAUUUACGAAGCGGAAAUGCUAGAAGACGACUACGAAGGAGACAACGAUACUCCUGUUGCUGAAGCUCAAGACGAAGUGCCGACAUCAUCCGAAGCUCAGAACCAAGCGGUAGAAGGAGCGCAAGUGCCAGAAGAGAGUGCUGUGAUGCCCGUUGAUAAGAACAACGCUGAGCAGGAACUCCAAGAGGAGCCCCAGACGGAACAACAAAGUCAUGCAGAUGCACAGAAUGACCACCCGCAAGAUGUUGAACAAUCUAUCGACCAACCAGAAGAGCAUGUCCCACAGCAGCCCGAAAAAGACGCAGCCGAGUCGACCGAAAUUAAAAAGCCCCUCGAUGGUACCAGCACGGUGGAGCUAGAGUCUCAUCAUGUCGCGGAACAAGACAGUCGGGAAGAGACUGUUCAUAACGCCGACCAGCCUCAAGUUAUUGAGAGCGGUCCCAGCGACGUUGAACCUUCAGCUGAUACACACAAGGAUCCAGCUGAAAAGCUAGAGGGUACAGUAGAAGAAGAGCAUGAGGGACGAGGCCAAGAAGGAGAAGGGGAGGAGGAGAAAGUAGAGGCAGAGGGACAGAGGGGUGAAGAAGGACAUGGAGAAGAGGAAACUAAGGUCACAGAAACUCAGGAUCGCUCUGCAGAGGCGCAAGACGUCGAUCACCUAGUCGAGCGAGAAGCUCCGGCGACGGAACGCACGCCUCUGUAUCCGGUCAAAGUCUAUUACCAAGACAACGAAAUCUCACUGUUCCCUCCUCGGGAAGGCGACUCAUCGGAGACGUUCUUUCUUGAGGAUGAGAGCUUGGCUUUUGGGUCUUUCGGCAAACUCCUCGGCUCGUGCCGUGAGGUAUUACGUGAACAUAUCGGAGAUGGUGAGGUUCUUGUUGUAGAUGUCGAGGCGCUGAAUAUUCAACUAACCGAGGACUCACUUCACAUUGACAAGGUCACACUACAUCAGAUUGUAGAUUUGUACCUCCGUCUUUGCCACAAUGACGGGGUGGAAGAGCCGGAAGCGCUCUAUCUUAGCUUGAGCACAAGGCCCACAGUUGCUGCAGAGCUAUCCUCUCUCUCUAUAGCUGCAAACGAAGGGAAAGGUCUGUCGGAAGUUUACUGGGAUGGUUACGGUGAAGCAGAGGCAGCCUCCGCGGAAGUUUACGAGGAGAACCAAGAAUGAUUCCGAAGACAACUACGAGCCAGAUGUCGAUUCGACGCUCCAGACAGGCGCUGCUGAACAACAGCAAGAAGGGCAUGGCACCCAAGCUCAUGAGGAUCAUGAUCAAGCAGCUUCAGACAACGAUGAUGCAGUUGGCCCCGCUUCAAGGGACGUUCGGGAAGGCGAUAAUGACCAGGACAGCAACCGUCAUGAGGCUCAUCAGGCCGAACCCGA